UGGCAACUCUAUGCGAAACUGCUUCCUCUUCCCAAGUAAACCAAAACACCCACUGAGGAAAAGAAAAACCAGGAAUAUUACAAAGACAAGAUGACGUUGCCCGAGUUUUUUGGCUGCACCUUCAUCGCCUUCGGACCGCCCUUCGCCUUGUUCGUCUUCACCAUCGCCAAUGACCCGGUGCGGAUCAUCAUUCUGAUUGCGGCGGCAUUCUUCUGGCUGCUUUCGCUGCUGAUCUCUUCCCUGUGGUAUGCCUUAAUUCCGCUGAAGGAAUUCCUGGCUUUCGGCGUGGUCUUCUCGGUGUGCUUUCAGGAGGGCUUCCGCUACAUCAUCUACAGAAUCCUGCGCAGCACGGAGCAGGGAUUGCAUGCCGUGGCGGAGGACACGAGAGUGACGGACAACAAGCACAUCCUGGCCUAUGUCUCCGGCUUGGGAUUCGGCAUUAUAUCUGGGAUGUUUGCACUGGUCAAUGUGCUGGCUGAUAUGAGUGGUCCCGGCACCAUGGGAUUAAAGGGCGGAACUGAGCUGUUCUUCGUCACCUCGGCUGCCCAGGCUUUGUCGAUUAUCCUGCUGCACACCUUCUGGAGCGUCAUAUUCUUUAACGCAUUCGACACAAACAACUAUAUCCACAUAGGCUAUGUGGUGGGCAGCCACCUGUUUGUUUCCCUGAUAACUUUGCUCAAUGCCAAUGAGCUUUAUACGACCACCCUGCUGAUAAACUACUUGGUCACCAUACUUACGGGAGUCCUGGCGUUCCGGGUGGCUGGAGGAACCUCUCGCAGUUUCAGGAAAUUUAUUACAUGCCAGUAAACAAGCACUUAGUAUUAACAGCCUAGUUAAUAGCUUUUGUAUAACAUUAUUAAACAAAUUACCUUGUAUAUGCUCGAUUAUGGACUUAAAUCCCUAUUACUAAACGGAUUCUUUUAAAAUACAUACAUGUAAGUCAUUGCGACUUCCCCAAUAAAUAUACACAAAUCUAUAUUUAA